AAAAUAUUUAUACAGAAAGACAGCGUCUCCGCGACGGUUGAAAUCCCUAGCCACCACUCUCUGUCUGAUUCUCCCCUCCCCGCCAAAACAUGAUAACUGGCGAUUCAAUCGACGGUAUGGAUUUCAUCAGCUCUCUACCUGACGAGAUUCUCCACCAUAUCCUCUCCUCUGUUCCGACCAAAUCCGCGAUCAGAACCUCUCUCUUGUCCAAACGGUGGAGAUAUGUUUGGUCCGAGACACCUUCUCUCUCCAUUGAUUGCCGUAGAGCCGAUCCUAAUUCGAUCGAUAAAACUCUAUCUUUCUUCUCCGCUCCCAAAAUCACAAGCUUUCAUCUUCAUACAACCUUACUCAACAGGAUUGAUUCUGUUAAUGGCUGCAUCGAAUUCGCCAUUUCUCACAACGCAGAGAAGCUUUCACUGGAGUCUCGUGAUUAUCGUGUCAGAAAUUACAAGUUUCCUGAUUUCUUCUACACCAAUUCAUCUGUGAAGCAACUCUUUGUCGACUCUGGAUCUGUUCAUUUGAUUCCCAGAUGCACUGUCUCUUGGACUUCUCUAAAGAACUUGUCUUUGAGCAAUUGCACACUUUCUGAUGAAUCAUUUCUUAAGAUUCUUUCUGGUUCUCCACUUCUGGAAAGCUUGGAGUUGUUGUAUUGUGCUGAAUAUAUGUGUCUUGAUCUGAGUCAAUCACAGCAUCUAAGAAGAUUGGAGAUUGACCGUAGCGAUUGGUUUAUGGGGCCAACGAAGAUUGUGGCACCGCAUCUCCAUUGUUUGAGAUUGAGACACUCGAGAUUACCAUGUAGUUUAGUUGAUGUCUCUUCUUUAACCGAAGCUGACUUGAACAUUUACUUUGGCGAUCUUAAAACUGUUACCGCUGGUUUUCUUCAACACAAUGUGGUCAAGAUGCUACAAAUGUUGCAGAAUGUAGAGAAGCUUACUAUUGGGGGUACCUUUCUUCAGAUGUUAUCUCUUGCCGCGCUCUGUGGUGUACCUUUUCCGACGCUCAAGGUCAAAACUUUGACUCUCGAAACGAUGAUUAUUCGGUCUGUUAUUCCUGGUAUAACAAAGCUACUACGGUACACACCUGGAUUACGGAAGCUAACAAUUCACACUGUGAAAUGCAGCAGCAUAUCGGUCGGUAUCUUUACCAUGAAACCUCUUUUACUCUCCUUCACAUAUAUGAUCAUAGUAACUAUGACAAAAUAGUGUUUAUCCAAGAACCAUGAUGAAGUUUUUUGACACUCUUUUUGUAUACAAGUUAUUAGUUUGCAUGAUGAAAUCCAUUUUUCUGUUUGACAGGAAUUGCAUCUCAAUGACUACUUGCGUAAACAUAGCUUGAAUCAGCGUCAAUGCUGGAGAUCAAAAGACUCGGUCUUCCCGGGCUCUCUUGAGACCAUUUCGAUGUUGGCGAGUAAACACGCAGAGUCCAAUCUCGUGGCUUUGUUCAUGGAACGUCUACUGAAAAGUACAAAAAGUCUAGAAACCAUGGUUGUACUCUUGGUAGAUUACCUUGAUGCAUUGGGUUUUGAAGAACUUCUUGCAAUGGCUACAACACUUUCUCACAACAAUGAUGUCUCUGUUUUGAUCAAACGAAGCUAUAUAAAGUAUGUAUCCAACACUUUCCCUCAACGAUAGUGUCUCGAUUGAUCAAAAGCAAAUGCCAUUGUUAAAUAUGUAUCAUUAGAUUUUCGACCUUGUAUACUGAAUCUGUAAAUCAGAUUAGUUGUAUUUCUAACUUUCAAUGAAAUUUCUGUAGCUUUUUGUUUUGUUUCGUGUCACUUCUUCAAAUCCGA